AUGGCCAUCAUCAUCAUCUAUGUCAUCGUCAUCACCAUCACUGUUAAAUUUGCCCACCACUCAUGUGUAUUUUCUCCUUUCUUCCCACAGGACCCACACCCAAGUCCGCUGAUCACCCUGGAGACCCAGGACGGCUACUUCUCUCACCGGCCCAAAGAGAAAGUGCGGACAGACAGCAACAACGAGAACUCAGUGCCCAAAGAUUUUGAGAACGUGGACAACAGCAACUUCGCCCCGAGGACUCAGAAGCAGAAGCACCAGCCUGAGCUGGCGCGGAAGCCCCUGAGCAGGCAGAAGGAGCUUUUGAAAAGGAAGCUGGAGCAGGAGAAGGGGCAGGGGCACUCCUUCCCAGGCAAAGGUGCCAACGAGGUGCUGCCGCCCGGUGAGAGAGCCGCAGGGAACAGCAGCCUUGGGAAGGAGGCCCCCCGACAGCCCCACGCCAGGAGAAGCGGGGACAGCUCCCCGGAGAUCAAGUAUGACCAGCCCCCCAAGUGUGACAUCUCGGGCAAGGAGGCCAUCUCCGCCCUGUCCCGCUCCAAGUCCAAGCACUGCCGCCAGGAGAUCGGGGAGACCUACUGCCGCCACAAGCUGGGGCUGCUGAUGCCCGAGAAGGUGACUCGCUUCUGCCCGCUGGAAGGCAAAGCCAACAAGAACGUCCAGUGGGACGAGGACUCCGUGGAGUAUAUGCUGGCCAACCCGGUCCGGAUCGCUUUCGUCCUGGUGGUGCACGGCCGUGCCUCCCGGCAGCUGCAGCGCAUGUUCAAGGCCAUCUACCACAAAGACCACUUCUACUACAUCCACGUGGACAAGCGCUCCAACUACCUGCACCGCCAAGUGCUCCAGUUCGCCCGGCAGUACAGCAAUGUCCGCGUCACCCCUUGGCGGAUGGCCACCAUCUGGGGCGGCGCCAGCCUGCUGGCCACGUACCUGCAGAGCAUGCGGGACCUGCUGGAGAUGACUGACUGGCCCUGGGACUUCUUCAUCAACCUCAGUGCAGCCGACUACCCCAUCCGGACAAAUGACCAACUGGUGGCAUUUCUCUCCCGAUACCGAGAUAUGAAUUUCUUGAAGUCACACGGCCGGGACAAUGCAAGGUUCAUCCGGAAACAGGGCCUGGACCGGCUCUUCCUGGAGUGUGACGCCCACAUGUGGCGCCUGGGGGACCGGCGGAUCCCAGAGGGCAUUGCCGUGGACGGCGGCUCCGAUUGGUUCCUAGGAGAGUCCUUCUUCCACACGGUCCUGGAGAACAGCCCCCACUGCGACACCAUGGUGGACAACAACCUGCGCAUCACCAACUGGAACCGCAAGCUGGGCUGCAAGCAGGAAGUGGUCUCAGGCUGGUCCCUCUCUCCCCUGCAGUCCUUCUUCCACACGGUCCUGGAGAACAGCCCCCACUGCGACACCAUGGUGGACAACAACCUGCGCAUCACCAACUGGAACCGCAAGCUGGGCUGCAAGUGCCAGUACAAGCACAUCGUGGACUGUGAUCUGGGGCAGAGUGUCACCCUCAGCACCACACAGCAGACAGCCCGGCCCACCUUCUUUGCCCGAAAGUUCGAAGCCGUGGUGAACCAGGAGAUCAUCGGGCAGCUGGACUAUUACCUGUACGGGAACUACCCCGCAGGCACCCCUGGGCUCCGCUCCUACUGGGAGAACGUCUAUGAUGAGCCUGAUGGCAUCCACAGCCUCAGUGACGUGACGCUCACCUUAUACCACUCCUUCGCCCGCCUGGGCCUCCGUCGGGCUGAGACGUCACUGCACACUGACGGGGAGAACAGCUGCAGGUACUAUCCCAUGGGCCACGCAGCGUCUGUCCACCUCUACUUCCUUGCUGACCGUUUCCAGGGCUUUGUGAUCAAGCAUCAUGCUACCAAUCUGGCCGUGAGCAAACUCGAGACGCUGGAGACGUGGGUGAUGCCGAAGAAAGUCUUCAAGAUCGCAAGCCCACCCAGCGACUUUGGGAGGCUCCAAUUUUCCGAGGUCGGCACUGACUGGGAUGCCAAGGAGCGGCUCUUCCGCAACUUUGGGGGUCUCCUGGGGCCCAUGGAUGAGCCGGUAGGCAUGCAGAAGUGGGGGAAGGGCCCCAACGUGACCGUGACCGUCAUCUGGGUGGAUCCCGUCAACGUCAUCGCAGCCACCUACGACAUCCUGAUUGAGUCCACGGCCGAAUUCACCCACUACAAGCCCCCUUUGAACUUGCCCCUGCGGCCUGGGGUCUGGACAGUGAAAAUUCUCCACCACUGGGUGCCAGUCGCAGAGACCAAAUUCCUCGUCGCACCUCUGACCUUCUCCAACAGGCAGCCCAUCAAACCGGAGGAGGCGCUAAAGCUGCACAAUGGACCCCCCCGUGGUGCCUACAUGGAGCAGAGCUUCCAGAGCCUGAACCCCGUCCUCAGCCUGCCUGUCAGCCCGGCCCAGGUGGAGCAGGCUCGGAGGAACGCGGCCUCCACCGGCGCUGCGCUGGAGCGCUGGCUGGACUCGCUGGUGGGCAGCAUGUGGACCGCCAUGGACAUCUGUGCCACCGGCCCCACCGCCUGCCCAGUCAUGCAGACCUGCAGCCAGACGGCCUGGAGUUCCUUCAGCCCGGACCCCAAGUCGGAGCUGGGGGCAGUCAAACCCGACGGCCGGCUCAGGUAGCACUGGGCGUGGGUGGGCCGCAGCAGAUGUCAAAGGGAACACAGCCAGAGGGCCUCCCACCCUGGGGGUGCCUUUUGUGGGAGGGGCCCUCCUGGCCAUAGAUGAUGGAGAAGGAAGGUUCUGAAGCCAAAGCAGGGUCUGCUGAUGACCUGCAUUUGGCCAGCUGGCUCCUGGGGGUGUGGUCUUACCUCUUCUGGCUGGUCCUCGCGUCCUACAGGGUCCUUGUCUUCCCCUCCAGUGACCAAGCCCCCAGACGAGUGAUUCUCAGACUUUUCCUUUGAGCAGCAGAACUUUGUUUACGAAGCGCAGUGGUGGGUGGAGUUCCAGGUGCAGGUGAAAUCCGGGCUGCUCUGGGCGAAGCUAGGGAGAGGGGGUUCUUUCUCAACGCUCGGCCCGCCGGGCGGUCCCUUCGCCAAGGGCAUCUCCUAAGGUACCUCUUCAGAACCCAAGGGCUCUGCAAAACCCAGUUUGAAAAGCACUGCCCAGGCGGUGGGUUUGAUCGCCAGCCCCACCCUUCGGCUCCUCUUCUCGCUCCUCUGGCCCAGGAAACCCCGUGCCAGCGCUGAAAUGACAGGUCCCUGAAACCAUGCUCACGGGCCCUCCCCAGGGAGGCCGCAGGCCCAGGCCUCCCAUCGGCCCUUCUCAGUCACUACACGAGCAGGGAAGCCUGUGGUGUGACAUGGCCAUGGUCCAGCAAGGUGUGACUGCCAACUGUCCUGGGUUCCAUGCCCCCUCCCUCGAGGGGAAAAUGGGCUGAUGAACAUCACAUCUCCAGCCAUUCAUGGGCCAGGAGACCAAGACCAUGACCUUGUUGAUCCUUGACAGUGGGAACACUAGGGCCCAUGGCCAUGAAACACCUACAGACGGUUUGGAGCAAAACUCCUGAGCUAGACAGCACAGCAAUAUCCGUCCCGGCCUGAGCUUUUCCAUUCUGAGGUCAGCCCCCCACCCCCACCCCCGCCCCUCACCCCACAAACCUUUGGGAAUCGCACAGUCGGUGCUGUUGGGAGUGACCAAACCAGACUUUUCACAUCCAGGAAAAAGCAUUUCCGAUUCGGUUUUUAAAUCCAUGCCCUUCUUUAUCCCAGGCGACAUGCCGUGUAAACAUGGGACGCUUGAGUGUCUGCUUGUUUAAAACCUAAACAAUAAUAUUAUUCCAACGGCCUGAGCUCCCAGACGCCUGGAG